AUGAAUAAAUAUGAAGUAGUUAAAUUAAUUGGUGUUGGUGGUGAAGCUAAGGCUCUUUUGGUUAAAAGAAUAAAUUCAGAUAAAUUAUAUGUUAUGAAACAAAGAAUGUUCUUUUUAUUAGAAGAAGCAAAUGAAGGACUAUGCGAGGCUAUGUCAUUGGCAAAAAUUCAAUCACCUUAUAUAGUUAGAUUUGAAGAAGUAUUCUUAGAUAAUAAUAGCAAUAUGUUUAGUUUAUGUAUUGUUAUGGAAUAUUGUGAAGGAGGUGACCUAAUGGAUAACCUUUUCAAAAGAAUUUCUGAUUCAUUUUUAAAAAAUAGUGGUUUAAAUAAUAACCAAAAUAAUAAUAAUAAUAAUAAUAAUAAUUUAAAUAGUAUUGUUAAUAAUAAUAUUUUGAAUAAUAAUAAAAAUUCAAAACAAAGUACAACAAAUACUAAUUCUUCAGGUUCUAACAGUAGUAUUGCAAGCAAUACUACUAAUAAUAAUAAUAACAAUAACAAUAUUAAUAAUAAUAAUAAUUUAAAAGCAUAUGAAAACUUUUUUUCAAAAUAUGUACCAAGUGAAACAUUAAAAGGAGUAAACCAAUUAGUUGAACCAAAUUGUAAUAAAGAUAAUAAUAAACCAAUUGAAAUUACCACAACUGACUCACCAAGAAUAAUAAUAAAUGAUAAUGAAUCCACCAAUAAUUUAAAUAGUCAAUCUGAUCAAAUAUUACAAUUUUCAAUAUCAUCUGAAUCUUCUAGUUUCUCAAAUAAUGAUUUAAUCAAUAGUCCAAAUUCAAAUGAUAGUAAUUUACAUCAAUCAUCAUCAAACUCGUCCAUAUGUGGUGAUUAUUCGUCACCACCUAAUCUUGAAAAAAUAUCAAGUCCUGGUACAAGUACACCAUAUCAAAAAGGUUCAAAUGGUAAUACUGUAAAUAUUCGUUGUUCGGAUAUAGUUGUUGAAGCGGUUUCUCCAAUUAAAACUGAGAGUAUAGGUUGCCAAAUUAGAAGUACAACCUCACCAUGUACAUCAGGUCCAACCUCACCACAAAUGAUUCCUUUAAAUAUUGUCGAGCAACCACCACAAUCCACUUCCACUUCAAAGACCGAUAGCUCACCAACUGGCGCUGAUGUUAAAAAAACAAAAAUGACAUGGUGGAAAACAUAUAAAAGUUCGAAAAAAGAUAAAAAACAAACAAUCUGUUCAAAUGCAUGCGAAUCAUUUUCAAACUCAACUUUCUUUAAUGACCCAUCUUCACACUCACAACCUCAGCAUCAACAACUACAUUCAUCACCACAACAACUACCACAAUCACCAAGGCUUAAACCUAACAUAGAAUCAAGUUUAAAUAUUAAUGGAAACAAUAAUAAUAAUAAUUGUUCAACAUUAUUAAAAUUACCAAGAAAAUUAUUUUAUACAUGGAUUUAUCAAAUUUGUUUAGGUGUUCAAUCAAUUCAUAAAAAUCAUUUGGUUCAUUUAGAUUUAAAAUCGGAAAAUAUUUUUUUAUCAGAAUCUCAAAAGAUUAAAAUUGGUGAUUUUGGUUUAGCUAAAAAGUACGAAAACUCAAUGAGUGGAGUCGCUGGUACAUACUAUUAUUUAUCACCAGAGAUUUUAUUAAAUAAAAACUAUUCUAGACCAGCCGAUAUAUUCUCACUAGGUUGUAUAUUUUAUGAAAUGUAUACCCUUAAUUUAUUACCUUUAACAAAAAGAAGUUUUGGUCAAGAAUUAAUUGAAGGUAAAUUCGAUAGAAAAGCCUUCAAACAAGAAUUUGAUGAUUCAGAUGAACCAAUUGCUGAUCUAAUUUUAGACAUGUUAAAUCUUGAUCAAAAUUUAAGACCAACAAUUGAUUUAAUACUUCAAAAUAAAUUAUUUGAAAGAAUUUCCGAUAUAAAUUCAAGUUUUAAUAAUUUAUUAAAUAUAGUUAAUAAUACAGGUUCAUCAAUUACAAAUAGUAAGAGUAAUAGUAGUAAUAAUUUAAAUAAUAGUAAUAGUAAUAAUGAUAUAAUAAAUAAUAAUAAUAAUAAUAAUAGUAGUAAUAAUAUCAAUAAUAAUAAUAUUGUAAAUUUAAAUAAUAGUUAUAAUAAUAAACAAGAUAAAUGUGAGCAAAGAAAUAAAAGUUUAAAUCAAAAUGGUUUUUUAUCAACAUCAUCAAUGGGAUCAAUAUCAUCAUCAUUUAAUGAACAUGAAUUUGUAAGAAGACAAUUAGAAAAGAAUGAUUUAGAUGCAGCAGCAGAUGUAUUAUGUGAAGCAUUUAAAGAAGAACCAAGAUUCCAAUUUGUAAGUGGAGCAACAAGUGAUAAUCUAGAAACCAAGAAUAAAAGCAUUGAAUUAGGUCAAACCAUUAGAAAAAGUUUUUUCACAAUGUGUGUUAGAUUAAUGUUUGAUAACAAGUUUAUGUUAUGGGGUUGUUUCGAUUAUGAAAAUAAAUUAAUUGCUGUUGCAUGCUGGUCAACACCUGGUAAAAGCGGUGCUCCACCAAUGACUCAAUUAAUUGUUAAAAUCCUAUCAAUGUUACCAAAGUUUGGUUUUAGAACAAUGAAAAGAAUUGGAAAAAUAAUGUCAAACAUUGACAAAGCCAUGAAAAAUCAUGAUUCAAAACUUGACGUUUAUUAUUUACCUUAUAUUGGUGUCUCAAAAGAAUACAGAGACUUGGGUGUUGGUCAAUAUCUACUAAAACCUGUUAUUGAAUGGGCUGAACAUCAAAGAAAAACUGUAAAAGCUGUAGUUUUCAGUCAAAAACAAAUUAAUUUCUUUUCAAAAUUAGGUUUAUCAGUUGGCCACACUGAAAAAAUAACAAAUCUCAAAGGUAUUAAUUCAAUUUAUGUUAUGUCAAAGAAUUCACAAUAUUAA